GGUGCAUUAACAUUCCUGAUGUUGAGAACUGAAUUGCAUUUUGAAGGGCCUGGCCUAAUCUGUCAAAGGACUCCUGCUCUCCCUUCACCACAUGAUGCGUCUAUCCCCAACUGGGAGAGGGGGAUGAAAAUCUCAGCUUUAGUGGACUCGGAGUGCACCUGCUUUUGAUCAACCCAACCCUGUCUUAGAAGACCUGAAACAAAUUGUUGUUCCCAAUUAUGGAACAGUCCCUGGCCAGCAAGCUCUUCAUAUGCCUGAAUUGGUAGAGUUUGAUCUGAAUCCUGACUCUCUGUACUUCAAUGAUGGCCAAAGAAAAGUUGACUAUGUCUUAGUAUAUGAAGAUGAAAGUAAAAGGGAAAGUCAAAAUACUUUUCAUAAAAAGCAAAAGGUCAUGGAUGAAAAGCUGAUCUUUGUAAAGGUGCAUGCUCCUUGGGAAGUGCUGUGUAGCUAUGCUGAAAUUAUGCACAUCAAAUUGCCUUUGCAACCUGAUGAUACAAAAACCCAUGACUCAGCACUUACAUGGAUUAGCAGGUUCUUCAAUGUAGAUGAAAAUGUCAUCAACCCAGAACAGGAUUUUUUUACUGCUGCAUUUGAAAAUGAACGUAUUUCACACUUUUAUAUUCAGGACAAGGACUCUUUCUUCAAUUCAGCAACUAGGAGCCGAAUAGUUUACUUUAUUCUUUGUCGAGGAGAAUAUGCUAUAAAAGAUAAUGUGAAAAAGUUUGGUAUCAAUAGACUUCUGGACUCUGGAAUCUACAAGGCUGCUUUUCCACUCCAUGAUCCGCCAUCACUCCAGUCCUAUCCAAAUGACAGGAUAGAUCUUCAUCAGUUUAGUGGGUCUAUCCACUGGAGGUUUGCCUUACCACCCCAAUGUCUUCAGAGUUUCCCCAUGAAUUUGCCGAUCCCAUCAGGUUCCGCAGAACUCAAAAGUGAGCCCAAACAAAGAAAUUUGGGUUUCAGGUUACGGGAGCUGCCAUUCCUCAACCCCAACAUGAUGACGUCACCGCAGGAAGCUCUGUUUGUAUUCUAUUUGCUGACUUAA